UCCAAAUGGAUUAUUUUCUUCCAUCUGUACCAAUAUAUCUCCUCCUCUCAUAGAAAAACUCCAUUAAGCAGCAGAAACAGGAAAUGUUAUUCUACUCUACUUUACUACUACCCACCUCAAAUUUCCCAAAUUACUCAAACCCUCUUCAAUUUCCCACCAACAAAAUUGUUACCCAGUUCAAAUCAUUAAAUAAUCAUACUAAAACCAUUAACAGCAGCAAUAUCCAAAAAGGGUUUAUUUUAAAACAUACACAAUUAGUAGAUAAAGAUAAACCAAUAAUUUUGCAGUCAUUAGGAGUGUGCAAAUGUGGAAGAAGACAUGUUUUGGGGACAAUUGCGACCAAUUUUCUUCAUCCUUCUCUCACUUCUCUUGCCUUAGAUACCAACUCAUCUUCCAUGGGAAUGUUAGAGAAAGUCCACCCUCCAAGGCCAGAUUGGUAUGAGGAGUUCUACGCAUCAGUUAUGAACAAUGGCAUGAAAUCAUAUGAGGAAGAGAUUGCAGGUUACAAGUCUAAGCUCUUUAAUGAGUUGAGAGGAGAAGCCAAAGAAGUAUUAGAGAUUGGUGUUGGGACGGGUCCUAACCUCAAAUACUAUUCCAGCAAUGCACGUACAGUUUUCGGCAUUGAUCCAAACAGAAAAAUGGAGAAGUAUGCCAGGGGAGCUGCAGAAGCUGCAGGUCUUUCACCAGAAAAGUUCAAAUUUAUGCAAGCUGUAGGAGAGGCAUUGCCACUGAAUGAUGCUUCUGUUGACGCUGUCAUUGGAACACUUGUAUUGUGUUCUGUUACUGAUGUUCACAGGACUCUUCAAGAGGUAAAGAGGGUGCUUAAACCAGGAGGCCUUUACUUGUUUGUAGAGCAUGUGGCAGCAGAUGAUGGAACAUCUCUCAGACUUGUGCAGAAAAUUCUCGACCCGUUGCAGCAGCUGUUAGCUGAUGGUUGUCAUCUGACAAGGGAAACAGGGAGGUUCGUUUCUGAAGCGGGCUUUUCUAGUGUCGAUAGCAGCACGAUUUCCAUCUCGAGUUCCAUGUUUGUAAAUCCUCAUCUCUAUGGGAUCGCUCGCAAGUGAUUUCUGGUGAAGUUCCUUUCAAGGCAUCUUUGAAGGUGUAAUAGACAAAGUAUAGAGCAAAUAUUAGUGGACAAAGUGGGUUGGUUGGAUUUCUUAGUCUAUCAGAUCAGUCUCUUUUAAUUAGUCAGAAAUGUGAAUGAUGUUCAGCAGAUAUGAUCAUAGAAAGUCAAUGAUAGAAAAUCUUCACUAGUUGGCUUCAAAAA